AUGCCAUCCCUUAGUGCUGGACUCAAACAGACUUGUCCGGGGGGCGUCUUUGUUAGCCUGACACCCGGAGAUCCCACUCUGUGGUCUGCCGUAUUGUUUGUGCGCAACGGACCAUAUUCCCCCGCCGUUCUACGAUUCCACAUCCAGUUCCCUCACAAGUAUCCGGCGCUGCCGCCCGUCGUCACCUUCGACACCGACAUGUUCCACCCACUCAUCACUCCCCUGACCACCUUCAUGUACACGACCGACAUCCAGAACAACGGUACCGUGAGCGCCACCGAUGGCGAGCGCCUGCCCCCCGGCAGCUUCAGCCUCCGCCAUGGCUUUCCCCAGUGGUUUGGACGUGGUAGUAGGGGCGUAAAGGCUACCGUACCGCGCGACUCCCCCAACCCUGCCCAGCUGACGGGCCAGGCGAGGAUGAUUACGCCUGAGCCCUCUGCGGCCUCGGGCGCCGCCGCCAGCUACUCCACAACCGACACUGUCGACACUUCGGCAUACGACAUACUCAGAUACAUCAAGAGUGCCUUUGGGGACGAAGCCGUCCUCGAUUCGAUACCUAUCGAUGCCGCGGGCAACCCGGGCGCGUGGCAUGCUUGGAGGACACACAGGCGGAAGCAUGGUAAGAUGUUUGACGAGGACAAGGAGCUGCCGCCGCCACCACCGCCACCCAAGGCCGGCGACGAGGAGGAGAGCACCGAUUCCCAAGAAGAGAAACAUUUGCCUCGUCUUCCUCCCAUCCCUCAGGCGUCAGUGACUGGUGGUCGGCGACCGGACGAGUGGGAUUGGGAAGGUGUCUGGGAGGAUCGAGUCAAGAAGGGCAUCAACGCGAGCCUGUCGGAGCCAGCUCUAUAUGGAGGCACCGCGGCUCUACCCGAUGAUUUGAUUCACUUCCUACCCCUCGAACAAGGGGAGGUGGAGUCGGUCAAGGAGAAUAUUCGCAGGUCUCUUGGGGAAGCUGCCAUCUGA